GCUCAAUUCAAUCAUAGCUCUGUGAAGCACAACCCUCAAAGGGUUUGAUUUCUAUGUUGUGACCUAAGAGGCCAAGAUUUUCAUUUAAACAUCCCAAUGAGGGAUCUCAAGGUAGACAUCUCCAGCUGCCAAGUUGGCAUUCAAUCUAUCAACUUUACAAGAGCUCAUUUGGAUCUUAGCUCUACAAAGCGUGAUCUUCAAAGAUUUGGAUUCUACAUUAUGGCCCAUGAGAUUCCAAGUCAUCAUCCUCAGCUUCCUAGUUUUCCAGGUCAUCAUUCCUCAACUUCUUGGUUUUCCAGGUCGUCACUCCUCAGUUUCUUGGUUUUCCAAGUCGUCACUCCUCAGUUUCCUGGUUUUCCAAGUCAUCACUCCUCAGCUUCCUGGUCGUCAUGCUCAACUUCCUGGUCCCAAGUCAUCAUCCUCGGCUUCUUGGUUUUCCAAGUCGUCACUCCUCAGCUUCCUGGUUUUCCAGGUCGUCACUCCUCAGCUUCCUGGUUUUCCAAGUCGUCAAUCCUCAGUUUCUUGGUUUUCCAGAUCGUCACUCCUCAGUUUCUUGGUUCCAAGUCGUCAUGCUUAACUUCUUGGUCCCAAGUCAUCAUCCUCAGCUUCCUGGUUUUCCAGGUCGUCACUCCUCAGUUUCCUAGUUUUCCAGGUCGUCACUCCUUAGCUCUUUAGUUCCAGGUUGUCACUUUGAGCUCUCUAGUUCCAAGUCGUCGCUCUCAGCUUCUUGGUUCCAGGUUGUCACUCUCAGCUUCCUAGUUCCAGGUCGUCAAUCUGAGCUCCCUGGUUUCAGCUCAUCACUCUCAGCUUACAGUUUGGAAAUCUCAAAUCAAGGUUUCCAAGCUAGAUUCCUCAAGAAUAAAUUAGACCCCUCUAC